AUGACCAUUCUACCCCUCACAUUCCUCUAUCUCCUUACUUUCUCAAGGGCAAUAUCGUCAACCAAAAUCGGCGUAAACUUCGGCCGAGUAGGUAACAACCUCCCAUCACCAUCUCGAUCCAUCGAACUGCUCCAAACCCUAAAAGCGGGUCGGGUCAAACUCUACGAUGCCGACCCGGAAAUCCUCCGACUACUAUCCGGCACGAAACUCGAAGUCAUGAUAAUGGUCACGAACGAUGAAAUAUCCGCCAUUGCUAGAAAUCAAGAACUUGCAAACCAAUGGGUUUUUGAACAUGUCAUUAACCAUUACCCCGAAACCAUGAUCCGAUUUAUCCUUGUUGGAAAUGAAGUGUUAAGUUUUUCGAGCACCGAUCAAGAUCGACAAAUAAUGGACGAUCUUGUCCCCGCCAUGCAACGGAUUCGCGACGCCCUUACAACCGAAGGGAUUAGCAGUAUCCAAAUCAGUACCCCUCUCGCUAUGGACAUCAUGGAGAACACAUUUCCACCCUCGAGCGGACAAUUUAGGGGCGAAAUCGUCCACGAAAUUGUCCCGUUACUUGAGUUUUUACGCGAGUCGAAUUCGGUUUUUUUCGUGGAUGUUUACCCGUAUUUUUCAUGGGCGGAUAAUCCAACGAGUAUAAAUCUUGAUUAUGCUUUACUUGGUGGACAUCAAAUAUAUAUGGACCCGAUGAGUGGGUUAACCUACACGAACCUUUUGGAUCAAAUGCUUGAUUCCGUGGUUUUCGCGAUGGCUAAAUUGGGCUACAAUGAUGUGAAGAUUGGUGUAGCGGAGACCGGUUGGCCACAUGAAGGUGGAAUUGGAGCGAAUAGAGAGAAUGCCGCAAUGUAUAACCGGAAUAUUGUAAGAAAAAUGACCAUGGUGCCACCAAAGGGAACCCCGGCUAAAACCGGAAUCGUGAUUCCGACUUAUAUUUUUUCUUUGUAUGAUGAGAAUGAAAAAUUUGGUCCGGAAUCGGAGAGGCAUUGGGGGUUGUUGCAUCCGGAUGGGAGUCCGGUUUAUGAAGUGGACUUGAGUGGGAAGGCGUAUAAGAGUUAA